CAUUGAUUUAGUACUCGGUUUGGUGUUUAUUAACAUCAAAUGGAAUUUUGAAAAAUAGAGACAAUAAUUCUGAUAAGAUUUUUUUCGUUUUUUCUCAGUGUAUUCCAUCUGGCAACUCGCGUGAGACGAAACAUCGCAUGCGAUGUCACAGUGACAGUGGGUCGAUGUUCUGAGAAAAUGCCGAAAUGAAGAAAAUCAAUCAGCACAAAUUGCAGGCCUUCGCCGUGGGGGCGAUGGGCCAGAGGGGGUUGUCGCGGAAGGAGCAGGAGGAGCAGAAGAAGCGCGAGGAGGAGCAGGCAGCGGCUCACGCAUUCCAGGAGUUUGUCGAGACGUUCCAAGAGGCUCCGAGUACGCUGUCGAAGGUCUGGGUGAAGGCAGGAACUUACGAUGCCGGCUCCCGAAAGGAAGAUCAUCGCGAGCGCGGGAAGCUGUACAAGCCCAUGUCUAAGCUGGCGGAAGAGAAGAGUUCCACGGAGAAAGCAUCAGAAUAUGCCAUGCAUUUAGCCGGAGAGUCGAAGAAUCAGGAGAAUCGGCUGAAGAAGAAGAGUCAGGAGAAGAAGAAGAGCAAUCUUGAGCUGUUCAAGGAAGAAUUGAGAAUGAUCCAGGAAGAGCGAGAGGAGCGCCACAAGUACAAGAAUGUGGCCAGAUCGAUGCUCACGCACUUGGAUUCGGAGCCUGGCGUGAAGGAGAACGACGUGGGCUCCUUUGACAAUGGCGAUCCCAACACAACCAAUCUCUAUCUGGGCAAUCUAUCGCCCAAAAUCACCGAGCAGCAGCUGAUGGAGUUGUUUGGCAAGUACGGACCGCUGGCCAGCAUCAAGAUUAUGUGGCCGCGGAGUGAGGAGGAGAAGAAUCGUGGCAGGAAUUGCGGCUUCGUGGCCUACAUGAGUCGCCGUGACGCCGAGAGAGCGCUGAAAUGCCUCAAUGGAUGCGAUGUGAUGGGAUAUGAGAUGAAGCUGGGCUGGGGCAAGUCAGUGCCCAUUCUCAAUCAUCCCAUCUACAUCCCACCGGCUCUCGUGGAGUACUCAAUGCCACCACCGCCCUCGGGUCUGCCCUUCAAUGCCCAGACAGCCGGAGAUCCGGUGCCGGAACGCGUUCCCUCGGCCGAAUACAUGAACAGUGCCGAUGCCAAGGCAGAACUUGACUCUGUUCUCCGGGAAUCUGUAGUGAAGGUGGUCAUUCCGACGGACAGGACACUGCUGGCGCUCAUCCAUCGCAUGAUUGAGUUUGUGGUGCGCGAAGGUCCACUUUUUGAGGCGAUGAUCAUGAACAGGGAGAUUGAGAAUCCCAUGUUUCGCUUCCUCUUCGAGAACGACAGUCCGGCUCACAUUUACUAUCGCUGGAAGCUCUUCUCACUCCUCCAGGGUGACACGCCGAGUGAGUGGCGCGAGCGUGAGUUUCGGAUGUUCGUCGGUGGCUCAGUGUGGAAGCCGCCGCCGCUGAAUUUCUACACUCAAGGCAUGCCAGACGAACUGGUGCCCGAAGAUGCCAAUUCGGAGAGCAACAAGGGCGCCUUGUCGACAGCUCAGCGUGAUCGUCUUGAGGAUCUAAUCAGACAUUUAACACCGGAAAGAACAAAGAUUGGCGAUGCGAUGAUUUUCUGCAUUGAACAUGCCGAUGCGGCGGAUGAAAUUUGCGAGUGUAUCGCCGAAUCGAUGGCCAAUAGCGAAACAUUGGUGCACAAGAAGAUCGCCCGAUUGUAUCUCAUCUCUGACAUCCUGCACAAUUGUUCCGUUAAAGUACAAAAUGCCAGCUUCUUCCGAAAAGCAAUGGAGAGAAACCUCUUGGACAUCUUCAAGGAGCUCAACACAGCGUACAUGGGCGUGGAGAGUCGCCUGAAGGCGGAGGGCUUCAAGGUGCGCGUGCUGCAAGUGUGUCGAACGUGGGAAGAGUGGGUUGUGUAUCCGCGGGAUUUCCUGCUGAAGCUGCGCAACACUUUCCUGGGGCAGAUCGAAGAAGUGGUGGAAGAGCUCGACGGGGCGCCGCUGUCUGGGGAUGAGAAGGACGAUGAGGAUCUCGAUGGUGUGCCUCUGGAUGGCGCGGCGCUGCUCAAGAGCGCCAUGCUGAGGGGUUUGCCGGACAUUGUGGCGUCCGAGAGUGGCUCCAGGUCGGCCAUGGACAGGAACAGUCAUGACAGCGAUAUGGAUGAUGAUAUUGAUGGUGUGCCACUGGAUGAGGACAUCGAUGGGAUUCCGCUGGGCAGUGCGUUCGGCAAGGGUGCUGCUGGUGGAGCAUUUGUGCCAUCAAAGUGGGAAACUGUCGAUCCGGAGCAGAUUGAGGCGCAAGCGAUCACGACCAGCAAGUGGGACAAGUUGAAUCCCGUCACGCCUGAUCCACCGCGAAUUGGCGGCGAUUCGGAUGACAGUAAUGAUGAUGCAUUGAGUCUGGGAACGUCAGAAUCCGCCAGGGAUUACGAUGAGGAGCGCAGGACACGAUUGCGUGAGAUUGAGCUGAAAAUCCUGCAAUAUCAGGACGAAUUGGAGUCGGGAAAGAGGACAUUGAAGACAGGUUGGACGCUGUCGCAGCAAUUGGAGCACUUCCGGCGAAAACUCAUGAAGAAAUCCCUGCGUGAUCCUCGAGGGCAGGACAACUCAGACUCCGCUUCAGAGAAGUAUUCAUCCAGUUCGAGGGAGAAGAAAUCCGACAGACGCAGUUUAAGUCCUCCAGAAUCAUCUAAAAGAGCAUCACAUCGAUCACGAUCGCCGUAUGUUAAGAAAUCUGCCAGAGACUCAAUUUCACCGCCCAGCAGUAGGAAUUUAAAGUUGAAACGCGGUCGAUCGCGCAGUGCUUCGGACUCGCCAAAGAGAUACAGAGACAGGCGAUAUGAGCAGAGUCCGCCGAGGAAGCAUCGCAGCCCGUCGCCGAGGAGCUCGAGAUCGAGCAGGGACUUCGGGAGGGAAGUGUCGCCUGUCUCCUCGUCCUCGGCGCGCUACAGCAGCAGCAGCACUUCCACAAAAUCCCCACCGAGUCGCCAUCGAUCGGACAAGCACAAGCACAGACACAAAUACUAGGCGAUCGCCUGAAUUGUGCAGAUCGCGUGAGUUUCCUUCCCCUUUUUCAUGAUGAUUCAGUUCAGUCGUUGUCAAUUGUGUGGAAAAUUGUAUAAUGUAGGGAGAAAUAGAGAGAGACAAAAAGGUCACAAGAUGGGCGAAAAGGCGAAUGAAAAUAAAAGGAAGAGUGAAAAUUG